CUAAUACACAAACAUUGGGCACCAAGGAACUGUUCUAGUGUAAAAAACACCCUCACUUUUGUUUUAUUAUUCUAGGACUCCUCAGAAAUUAUUUCGCCAAAUGCCUUCGAAAAAGAAAAAAUAUAACGCGCGCUUCCCGGCGGGCCGCAUCAAGAAGAUCAUGCAGAGCGACGAGGAGAUCGGGAAGGUGGCUCAGGCGGUGCCAGUUAUCAUCUCGCGCACGCUGGAGCUCUUCGUGGAGUCGCUGCUGACAAAGACGCUGCGCAUCACCAACUCGCGCAACGCCAAGACGCUGUCGCCGUCGCACAUGCGGCAAUGCAUCGUGAGUGAGAAGCGAUUCGACUUCCUCAAGGAGCUGGUGCGCAACAUCCCCGACAUCAGUGUGGCUGAGGAAGCCAAUGCCUACAACGACGAUGAUGUGCUCCGCAGCUCGCCAGAGGAUCAGUACCCCGACUCGGACACGCCAUAUGAUCUUAGCCUGCCAUCGACGUCGAUGCGAGCGAAUGGAGGAGCCGCCAACACAGCCGCGUACAUGCGUUCUAUGAGUCUGAACGGCGGACCGGGAUCCACAGCCGCUGGCAGCAAGAGGCAUCACCAGCCGCAGAUCACCGCUCACCACAACAAUGCCCCAGCCCAUGUGCCCGCCAAGUUGGCCCGUUCGGAGUCCACGCCCGCCUGCACACAGCGGGGCAGACCGCCUAACUCCGCCUAUCAAAAGCAAAAGCAGCCGGUGCCCCUAGACACUGCCAUACCCGCGCCGAUCUGCAGCUAUGAACUUAACAAGCCGAUCGUCAAGAUAGACUACAGCAACGUACAGAUGCCGAUGCCCACGGCGACCAAUCUUUGCACUCCGGAUGCCUCCGACUCCGGAUCUGGUGCCGGCUCCGCAGCCAGCACCUGUAGUGCCGCCUUUAGUUUCGAUAUUGCCGCUCCGGUGAUUAAUAUCGAUUUGACGAAUAUCGUGGCAGCCGGAACGACGAGCAGCAGGCCGAAUUCACUGGGUCUCGCUCCGGCGGACAAUAAUAAUGUGAACCAAAUGGCUGGAAAGAGCAGCGCUCCCAUCAUUCCAAAGGCCACAGCGGCACCAUCGAACCCCCCCAUCGAAACAAUUUUCGAAUUAGAUGAAGACUAUGACAAUAUUUGAUUAGGAUCUAUGUGAAUGCGCUUUUAAAUUAUUGAUACAUUAAUAUGUACUUUAGGUCUAAGUAAUAACAAAAAACAUUUUUUGCAAAAUAAAGACCAUGCUGGAUUUUAAGCUGAAA